AUGUCGCAGAAACAAUCUCCAAUCCCACAAAACGUCGACUCUUUGUCCACUCCAUCGUCUUCCAUGGCUCCGUUCUCGAGGAUUCCUCCACAAAGCAUCCACGCAAGUAUGGCACUCGACCAUGCGGAUCCUACUCCGGAGCCGUUUGAUCAACCGUCUGCUGGGGGAGCCCCGGAUAUUUUCGAAAAGCGGGAUUCAACCGACGUGGGAGAUGGCAAAGAUGAGCAGGAGGACUUUCUACAAACCCGAGAUCAGAUUUGUGGGGAUAAUUUUGAUGAUCUCCCUAUUGAAAUGAUGAGCUUGACCGACAGAUUUGUUGAAUCUCUAAGCGCUAAGGUUUACGAUACUCCUCCUUCGAUAGACAAACUUGCCAGCCUAUUUCAAGACUUCUACAUUCGCGCUUCGUCGCGUGUCGAGACUCAUGUCUCCAUUUUAGCAUCUCGACUUCGCCGUGGAAAUUCGCCAUCUCCUGCUCGUCCUCAAACAAGCUCCAAGUAUUCGUUUUCGUCAAAACGCAUUUCCUCUGCGGGUGAUAAAGCUGGCUCUGACAAGACGUUUUCGCAACAACAAAUGCUCACGGCGACUGAAGUUGCUGAGCGACGGCGGACCCGGAAACUAUUCCAAAUCAAGCGUCAAGUAUUGGAAGAAGCCAUUGAGCGGCGCGCAUGUGAAUCCGUCUACGAUAAAAUCUGGCGCCAUAGAAGCACUUUGGAUGAAGUAAGAGAUGAAAAAUUGCGCUCAAAAACCGCCGCACUAUCUGUUGUAGGGUUUGGUUUGAAAGAUCUUGGAGUCGAGGUUGAUGCCAGCAAACAGGAAACUACACAAUCUGAGGAGUGGCUUGCGAAUGCAAGGAAAAGCCUGAUGCAAAUGAGUGACGCGAAAUUUCCCCUUGGUAAACUUCAACACCUUACUGCGGCGCAUAAAGCGAUUGUUGAUAGCUUGACCAAAAUUUUGCCUUCGUCGUCAUCCGCCGACGAAAUUCUACCCACCCUCAUUUACGCUCUAGUGACUUCGCCUCCUGAAGGGAUGAGCGUGAUUAGCAAUCUCUUAUUUAUUCAGCGAUUCCGUGCUACCGCUAGGAUUGAUGGAGAGACGGCAUAUUGCCUCACGAAUUUAGAAGCAGCCAUCAGCUUCUUAGAGAAUGUUGAUCUCACCAGUACUGAGAAUAUUGCCGGCAACUCCCGUCAUCCUAAUAGCUUGCAAGAUUCUAUUGAACCUCAACAAGUGCACGAUCUUAGUCCUGUCUCUGUUCCGUCAUCUAGGAUAACUGUGACCUCCACCGUGGGCCAUGGUGUUGCACCAGGCCCGCCAAGAGACAAUUCAUUGAAACCGGCCUCGACUGGGCCUCCGCAGCACCGUCUAAGCAGUAUUUUCCAACCUCCAGCGAAGGCUUUGGAAGCAGCCAAUGAUAUUGUACGCAACACCGCUGACCAAGGCAUCAAGAAUAUUAGCAACACACUUGAUAAUAGCUUCAAGUUUUUAUUUGGUCGACUGAAAGAGGUCCAGCUCAAACAAGGCGAUGGAACACAGGGUGCCGUGGGGAUUGUACCAAAAACCCUUGAUGAUGCCCGUCGACUAGUCAAUUCUCCCGCUGGUAUACCAGAUGAUCUCUCCGGCGAAGAUCCGCCAGCCAAAGAGGAAGGCCCUGCCACCUCCUGCACCCCUACAAGAUCUCGGCUUGAUGAUAGAUUAGCUAGCCUUGUUGCAGGGCGAAAACCAGUUAAUAAUCAUAUAAUUAAACACACAGAAGGGGAAUCGGGAGGUAAUAGCAAGGCUUCUUCCACUUCCGCAUCUUCGAACCCUCAAAUGAACAAUCCUCCUUUUGGCUCGAUGAGGGGUUUUGGAAACACUUUGAAUCCGUUGAGCCAUAUUCCUGGAAUGAUCCGUGGGCUAGGGAGGAGCUCAACCGAGCCCAGCCAAGGUACGGCCGUGGCAGGAGACGGGCCCGAGUUGUCAGAUAACCAGCCUGGUCUUCUCAAAGAGAAGAGCUCCAUCACUGGCAUUGCUCCCCCGAUAAAGAGGUUUACCGAACUGGAAGACGCUACCCACCUAAAGAUUGGUGACAUCCCUGAACUCCUUGAGGAUUAUAAGAGACUUGCAUCAAUUAUAAACAACUUGAGUACAACGUGA